AUGUCAAUAACAACAGAUUUCUUUACUAUUAUUAAAGCAUUUCUAGUAUUGGUAGUUGUGAGAUACGUCUAUAAUACGAUUUAUAAAGCGUAUUUUGGACCGCUAUCGAAAAUUCCGGGACCAAAAUUGUUCGCGUUGAGCAAUAUUUUCUUCGAUAUAAAACUAUUCAGUGGUGUCAGGUGGAAAUUUACGCAAUUUGUGUUGUUUCCUAAAUAUGGAUCAAUUGUUCGUGCUUCUCCAGAAGGGAUUUUUGUUUCAGAUCGAGACGACAUUAGAAAGAUUAUAGUCACCGAAGAUUUUCAAAAAGCUCCUCGUUAUGCCCUUAUAAGAAGAGACCCACAACAUGAGACUCUAUUUACUGCGACGACCAAACCAUUUCAUAAUGAACGGCGACGUUUAUUAUCUCCCGCUUUCGCGAUAAAAUAUCUUGCAUCCCUCGAUCCACUUGUAAAAGUGUGCGCUCGCGACUUAAUAAUAAAAAUUGAUCAAACGAUCGAGAAAGAAGGACCUAAUGUCAGCGGUGUGAUGAUAAAUAUUUACGAGAUAUUACUUAAUUUUACUUUGGAUACCAUUGGGGAGACAGCAUUUGGUGGAAAGUUUGGUAUGAUUUUGACUGGUAAACAUCCACUGCCGGGUGAAGUUGGGGAAGGAGUUCGACGACGUUUAUUGCGAACAAUAAGUCCCCUAUUGAAACCAUUCUUUGGUGAUAAGGAAUUCCUGUAUAAGUUUGUAGACGACAUCUUGAAAAAACGACGUCAAGAAACAAAUCCACCACGAAAGGAUAUACUACAAAUCGUUCUUGACAUGCAAAAAGAAUCAGGAAUUUCCGAUCUCGAAAUUUUCGAUCAAAUGCUAGAAUUUAUAAUUGCUGGAAGCGACUCCACGGGAUUUUGUAUUUCGAUGGCAGUGAUCACACUUCUCAAACAUCAAGAAAAACUGCAAAAACUAUACGACGAACUAAAAACGGCAGUUCCUUCAAUUGGCCCCGAUAAUUUGCCGGAUCAUGAGACGUUGAAACGACUGCCCUAUUUAAAUGCUGUCAUCAAUGAAUCACUUCGAUUGUAUCCUGCUACCUUUGGAACCGGUCGAAAAAUUGAUAAGGAUGUAAUCCUAAAAGGAUAUCUAAUUCCGAGGGGUACAUACAUAGCCAAUAAUUUUUAUGCGGCACAUCGUUCAACUGAAUACUGGGGCGAAGAUGCUAACGAAUUUGUUCCUGAACGAUGGUUAGACUCUGGAAAAAUUCCGCGUGAUGCGUAUUUCCCUUUUUCAGCUGGCUCGAGGAAUUGCAUAGGACAAAAUUUUGCGUUACUUGAGUUCCGGCUAAUUAUUACGACACUUGUACUUCGCUAUAAAAUGGUUGAUAUACCUGAACAGGAUUUAGAUAUUGUUCAGUUUCUUCUUCCUCGAUUACGUAAUAGAAAGUAUAAUGUUGGAUUUGCUUUCAGAAAGUAG